CGAACAGCAACCUGGGGGGCCACCCGCCGUGAUGUGCUGAUGCUUGCUGCAUGAUGGUGUUCAUUUUCUCCGCGAUCACCAUCAACCUCAACAUCACCACCCGCUCUCACAAGCAUCCCUCGCAAGAAAGCGCCCGCACCCCGCACCCCGCACCCGCACUUGCUGCACUGAACGCAAGGAACCCAGCAUCAUCAUCAUCAUCAUCAUCAUCAUUGCGCAAAUCAAUCAACGUUCUCGAGAGCACCACUCAACUCAAGAACACCACCGCCACCACAACAAGAAGUAAGCCAGGCUCAAAACAACACACCACCAGCCAGCCAGCCAGCCAGCAGCAGCAGCAACAACAACAACAACAACACCAACAACAGCGACAAGAGGAAAACAGCAUCGCAUUCUCAGCGCCAGCACAGCAAAGAUGAUGAUCACCAUGAUGCCCUCAUCUGCCGCCGACACCAACGCUCACGCGAACGUCAACACCAACAGCACCACCACCGGCAGCAGCGCCAAGAAGGCGCCUCAUCCAAUCAUGACCAAGACCAGGUCUGCGCCACAGCUGCCGCGCCUGCAGCUGAACAAGCCACGGCCCAUCUCCAGCCUGGCCCAGCGCCGCGGCUCCUGCGCAGCGCACCUGGCCCUCCCCGUGUCUGCCAUCAACAGCGUGCACAACGACGAGGACACAACCGAGGAGCACUACACCUCGGACAGCCUGGACGCCCUCUUUGAGGCCGCCACCCUCUCCAACCUCGCGUCCCCAGACGCUGGCGACGACGUCUUCGAUAGCACCGACGACAGCACCAGCACCGCCACCACCACUUCCUCCUCUGUCAUGGCUGCGAGCGCGACCUCGUGCCGCCAACGCCAACAGCGCCGCCGCUUGCGCCAGCGCUACUUUGAUCGCCACACCCACCUUGGCAGCCAGUGCGAGGACGACAUGAUGAUGCACGAGGAGGAGGAAGAGGAGGAGGGGGAGGACGAGGGCGGCGACGUGUUUGCCGUUGGCUCGCCGGACUGGAACGAGGCACGGCUGGAGAGCAUGUACUUGCUGCGCGGCCCGCUCUCCGCCAACACCACACAGCCCUGCACCACAGCCACCGUGUCUGCCAGUGACUGCAUGGACACAGCCGGCGAGCCCGGCCAAGCCAGCUGUCCAGUGGACACACGCCACUACCAGCAAGAGCAACAGCUGCCACAGCAGCAGCCACAACAACAAGAACGACUGCGGUUGCAUGAUGAGGCGUACACCUUGGGCAGCAGCAGCAUUUCUGCCGCUACGGCCGAUGACGACGACGGCGCCGACAAGUUUUGCUUCUCCGCACCCUUCACCACCUGCUAUGGCGCCAACUGCGUGGAUGGCGGCGAGGGCAGCAGCAGCAGCUGUGACUGCGGCUGGUUUGACGGGUACGACAGCGCAGAGUACAGCGACUUCCACAACCAGCAGCAGCAAGAGCAGCAGCAGUACUUCUUCCAUUACGGAUGCCAGCACGGCAGCAACAGUGGCGGCGCCGGCAGCGAUGCUGACGGCAUGUUUGGCUUCCUCUACGCGCCCGGCGCAUGGGCAGCGGAUGCCACAUAACCGCCAAGAAGCCAAGUAGCAGCAGCGACACGCGAUUCCCGCGAGGCAACAUGCCCUCCUCACCCGCCAUCGGGUACAGGGCUCGGGCUCUGUAGGCACGGGUGUGCGUAGCGCAGGCCACAGCCAUCGCGCCCUUGCCGGUGGCGGAUGCACUCACUGAUGGCAGAUGACCUGAUGGGUGUUGGCCAUUGCCAGAUGGCCGCAGCUCCGCCACACGCUACGGCUUGGAGAAGCGCCAACGCUCACGGACGCAGAGGCACAUGCACACAACGAGCACACGACGACGAGCACCAAGAGAAGCAAGCAGGCAGGCGCAACAGGAGAUAAAACGGCCGUCGUGUGUUUGCAUCCACACACUUCCGCCCCCUCCUUUUUAGACGGCCAUUGCUUCAAUGGACGCUGGCAUGAUAGUGUCUUGCGCUGAAUGACGAUCAUCCUCACGUGUUUGUGUCAUCAACUCUGAUGUGAGUGCUCGUUGUUUUGUUUUGGAAGCACUGGUCAUCUGAGUGAACUUGGUGACUCAGUUACGGUUCCCUUUACUGUGUCUGCUUGGCUGGUGACAGAAGCAAAUACAGACGAAAUGAAACCGCAACUCAACAUGGAAAUGAUC